AUGGCCAGACACAGAACCUCGACCGGUCGCCGACAUACGAGCAGUCACCCAGCGGACGCUCCCCUGGCUGAUGGAGCAGCCUCGAGGCCUCCGAAUGCAAGGACGGUUUCGAAACCGAAAGAAGGACAAGAAGGAGACUCAAAACCACAUCUCCCUGCUAUACGGUUUUUCCCGCACCAGGAAGUGAGAAAUGGCCGGCCGUCUCUCACCUUCGCUCCUAUUUCCCGUACCCUACCCAGCGAAUCUUCCAUCAUUCGCGUCGGAAGAUAUUCUGAACGUGAAGGCAUUCCCUCUGCAAACCCUACGGGCCCUUCGGAUGCUCCUGUAGGCUUCAAGUCGAAAGUGGUUAGUAGAAAGCAUUGCGAAUUCAGUUUUGUGGAUGGGCAAUGGCAGAUCAGAGAUGUGGCCAGCUCAUCAGGAACCUUCUUAAAUCAUAUCAGACUGAGUCAACCAAACACCGAGUCACGUUUGUUCCCGAUCAAAGAUGGAGAUAUUGUUCAGCUGGGUAUCGACUUCCGUGGCGGGGAAGAAAUGAUCUUUCGGUGUGUCAAGAUUAGGAUUGAAUGCAACAGAGCGUGGCAGAAGAAACCCAACAACUUCAAUAAAACCAGACACCAACAGCUCCAAAGCCUUGCCAGAGACCAGCCAUCCGCAGAUUCAAAUAGUGGCGAAUGCUCAAUUUGUCUGGGCUCUGUACUGCCAUGUCAAGCAUUGUUCGUCGCUCCAUGUGCACAUGUUUGGCACUAUAAGUGCAUCAGGCCAUUGCUAGAGGGGAAAAACAGCACCUACCCUCAAUUCCAGUGUCCUAACUGUCGCGCCUAUUUCGACCUCACAGCCGACGUUGACAUCGCCCAAUCAGACAUUGACGAAUGGAUGGGAAACACCGAUGAGCAAGAAGAUGCGGCUAGCAACGCUAAUGUUGCCGCUGCCAAUGAUGCGAAUGGUUCUGCUGCUCAAAUUACACAUGAUGGAGAAGCUACCGACUCAAGUGCUACUCGCGAGACUCCAGAUACUUCGGAAGACUCUGGUGAGCACCCAACUGUGACUGUAUCCGAUCCCAUCGAUAUCCCGAAUACUUCGGGCGCGGCUGCAACGCCUCGUAUGUCAGGCUUGUUGGCGAGAAGACAGGCUUCGAAUCCAGAAUCUCCAGAACUAACCACUAUGAAUGGCAAUAUCGACAUGCCAGACCGACCAGAUGAAGACGAGAUGGACACAGGCCUUGAUCAUCAGCGAACAAGAACACAAACCCCAGACCCUGAACAUGUGAUCUCCGGCGAGGGUCCACUCACCCCUAGAAAUGACGCCGGACCGUUUGUGUUUGACGGGAGCGCAGGAAGAUCAGAUGCGAGAGAACUGGUUGUCCCUGGAAUUCCCGAAAUAACUGGAGGAUCUCCGGCUCGAUGA